UAGAAUGAGUUUACUGUCGGCGCUUCAAGAAAAAAAGCAGCAGUUAAAGCGUACUGAAACAAUUAUAACACUAGAAGAUGGACGGAAGUUUGCUGAAUUCAAAAACAAUAUUAGACAACUAGAAGAAACUAGUCUUGGUUUCGUUGUCGACACUAAACCCGACAAUAUUCCCGCCAAAGUCAUAGACUGUUUGUACUUGGGCUCGCAAGAUUGCUGCGAUUUGGCAGUUUUACGUCAAUACAGCAUCAAAUUCGUAUUGAGUGUUGGGGUUGAGCCUUUCGCUAAGAGUCCUAAUGUAACAUACAAAUUUGUAGAUAUUCUAGACCUGGUUGAAACUGAUUUAGAAAAAUACCUCCACGAAUGCAUGCAUUUUGUAGAUGUUUGCGUUAGGAACAAAACAAACGUUCUGGUACAUUGCAACGCUGGAAUAAGCAGAUCGGCGUCAGUAGUGAUAGCUUAUUUAAUUAUUAAACGCAAUUUGUUAUUUGACGAUGCAUAUGCUUUAGUGAAACAAGCGAGAGCCACUGUCAAACCUAACGAUGGGUUCAUGAAACAAUUACAACAUUUAAAGAAAAAUGGUUCAUACAAAAGAUGCAGAAUAAUAUCUCCCUAAGUGGUAGCUUUAUUCAAGAAACGGAGAGUCUGGAUACUAAAAUCCAAAAACAUCAAUGUUCUAGAAAUGGAAUUGGACGUUUUAAGAAGAGACAUUUCAUUGGGAAAACAUUGUUAAGAGUCAACAUCAAGGAAUAUUAAUGUUAGUGGUAGGUUUAUCAGUGUCUGAUCUCAUUUUCAAACGAAGUUUAUUAGUAACGAUUUAAAAGUUACUAUAAGAUCGGCCAAUCCUAAAUGUUUUAAAAAUCCACCACCGGUGAAACACCGAUCAAACAGGAAAUACAUUUUUGAAUGGGAUUGGGCACUGAAGAAUAACAAUAGGAACCUUUUACCAUUAGCUGAUAAUUGCCCAGCGCAUGUUGAAACUCCCAUAAAUUAAAUACAUUAUUUAAGUUCGAAACUUCAAGUUAUGGACCUCCAUGGAUGGAUAGACUUAUGGAUAUCCUUCCUUAAAAUGCCAAUACGGACAAAUACUAAUAAAAAAUGUGGUGAAAAAAAUGCGGACGGUUUUUUCUUAUCGGUCACACACUUGUUUAUGGCAUCUAAUAGUAGUUUGCCAUAUUAUUCGACUUUCCUCACACUAACGUAAAAGUAAAUAAAUGAC